UCCAUUGAAAGUGGCUCCCCUGUUCAGAGACGGUGUAGGCGGACGAGGGGGCGGACCGGCAAGAGGAAACUUGAUAGAAAACAAUAGCAGUCGCUUCGCUGACCUCCAUAUAACCAUUAUUAUUUAUCCGUAUUAUUAUUUUUUAAAGACAAGCAACUGUGCUCGCUGAUACAAGCGGUAGCGGGUGCGGCGGAGGCACGCAAGGCGAAGGAAUAACGUUAGCAGGAAAAAGGAGAGAAAGGUGAGGUGAAGGCACGUUUGAAAAGAAAAGGAGGGCAGUGACAAGUAAGCGGACUCAUCAUAGACAGGACUCAGCCACAGGUAGCCCUAAGCUAGCUGUCGUGGCAGAAGAAUCAAAGUGCAGAUGGUCAUGCGGAUUUCUCCGGUCGCUGAUCGGAGCGCCGCGUCGCAGCAGUAAAAGGUGGGGAAAGAGGGAAGAAGCAGAAAAUAGAAGAACCAGACCGCUUCUCUGCCGCUUUGUCAAUCUUUCCAAGUGGGCUCCUGGUCAGAGGGAAGAGCCACCAUGUCCCGGAGAAAGCAGAGCAAACCCCGGCAGAUAAAGCAGAGGCCUAUCAGCUGUGAACUCCCAGCAGAGCCAAAGACGCAGGACUCUCGAGGAGGCACCAAUAAUGAAGAUGAGGAUGGGGAGGAGCGAGAUCCAACACACAGCGGUGGGGAGGAGGAAGAGGAAGGGGAGGAAGAGGAGGAGGUGUUACAGUGGAGGGGUCCAGAUGACCUGGAGUUAUGUGAAGAAGGCAGUGAUGGCAGGGUGGUGGCAGGCAGGGACCUCCAUUCAGACACAACAUGGGGACCUUAUCCAGGAAUCCUCCAAUCAGAGGGCAGCACAGAUGAUCACGAGACAGAGAACUCUAAGUUGACCCUUGUCUGUGAAGAUCCAGAUUGUUGGAUUAGUCAGCUCCCCCUGACCUCUGACAUGUCAGCUGCCAACUGUACCAUCUACAGCCAAGGUGAGGAGUUGUUCUGUAAGGUGACCAAAGAGCUUGCAGCGGGUGAAAGGCUCCUAGCUUCCCUGUCACCUACUCCAGGCACCUCCUCCUCCCCACUGGCCCAGCUCUCUCCUCCACUCAGCAUUGUCACCCAGAAACAAUUUGUGGUCAAGGAGGAGCCACUGUACCCGGCGGCAUUACGAUCAGACAUUCAGCUCCUCCCACAGCAAGCUGGCAUGGCUGCCAUUUUGGCUACUGCCGUCGUCAAUAAGGACAUUUUCCCAUGCAAGGACUGUGGGAUCUGGUACCGUAGUGAGAGGAACCUACAGGCCCACCUUAUGUACUACUGUGCCAGCCGUCAGAAGCAGCCGGCCACAGCCUCGUCCCCACCACAAGACAAGCCCAAGGAGUCCUAUCCCAAUGAACGCAUCUGCCCCUUUCCACAGUGCAACAAGAGCUGCCCCAGCGCCAGCUCCCUAGAGAUCCACAUGCGCACACACAGUGGUGAACGUCCAUUUAUAUGUCUCAUCUGUCUGUCAGCCUUCACCACUAAAGCAAACUGUGAGCGCCACCUUAAGGUCCACACGGACACACUGAAUGGGCUGUGUCAUGGCUGUGGCUUUGUCUCCACCACAAGGGACAUCCUCUACAGCCAUCUGGUCACCAGCCACAUGGUUUGCCAGCCUGGAUCUCGCAGUGAGGUCUACUCCCCAGGGCCAGGCCUUCCCAAGCUGCCCCUGUCCACUGGUCUCAGUCCAGGAGACUCUGGUGUGGUGCUGAAGUGUCAAGUGUGCGGUCACAACUCUGACUCCCCUGCCCAGCUCCAGCAGCAUGUACGAACCCAUCUAGAGGUCAGAGUCCCGGCUGAAAGGAGCCCCACCCCUCGCCAUAUUACCCCAUCAUUAGUUGACCCCCCCCAGCUCCAGCUGUCCCCACAUGAGAGGGAGCCCCUUGCCAGUGUCCCUAAGCCAGACUCAUCCAGCCCAGGCGCAAAUGGUAGUUCAGCCACACCCCGGGACUAUAGUCCCUCUGAUGCCCCAACCACUGACCUAAAGAUCAAAGAGGAACCUCAUUCAGACUCAGAGAUAGAAGUGCAGCAAAUGGAGAUUAAGGAGGAUGGAGAGGAGGAGGAAGUUGGUGGAGAGGAGGGGGAUCAAGAAGCAAGAAGGAAGACAAAGGAGGGGCAAACUGCCACCUCAUCAGACUCUCCAAAGAGUUCUGCAACCACAACUGUAAAGGCAGAACCAACUAGUCCUACCCCUGGUUCUAGCCCUGCCCAUGUGGGAGGUACGGAGUCAGUUCUUCAAGGAGGAGCAAUGUUUUUGCCUCAGUACAUGUUUAACCCUGAGGCAGCCAUUUUGCCUCAGGCUUCGGAGAUACUGGCUAAAAUGUCAGAGAUGGUCCACAGCCGUCUGAAACAGGGCCAGGCAGUUCCUCAGAACAACCCAGCGGCCUUCUUCUCCUCUGGACUGAUCGCACCUACAGCCGCAGCCACUCCACCUCACAAAGGAGCCACCUGCUUUGAGUGUGAUAUCACCUUCAACAACAUCAACAACUUCUAUGCACAUAAGAGGCUGUACUGUUCAAGUAGGCACCAAGCAGAAGGUGUAACCUCAGCUUCAGGCCCUGGAUUGACAAGGGAUGCUGCGCCAGCCCCGGUGCCUUCCAGUGCGGCACAUGGCGCGUCUGCCUCUCCACAGGGUGAAGCAGUAAGUAGAGCAGCCUCUGCUUCUCCUGCUGACUCUGACUCUCCUGCUGCGAUUGGAGCAACAGAAUCAAGGAGAGUGAUGGAAGUGAGGACAGAAACCCCUGUAGGGAGAGAGGGAAUGUCAUCCUCUUCUGAAGGGGAAGGCGGAGGUGCAAGUGUGGGUGGAGGCGGUGGAGGAGGAAGAACAAGCGAAGGCAGCCAGAGUCCUGCUAGUGGAUCUGCCGAAGACCUAGAAGAUGAUCCCAAUAGAACCUUCUGCGAGGCCUGCAACAUCCGCUUCAGCCGUCAUGACAACUACACUGUUCACAAGCGCUUCUAUUGCGCGUCCCGCCAUGACCCAUCCAACCAGCGAGCCGUACAUAUGGCCAAGGCAACCACUGCAGCUAACUUCCUUCCCCAGCCCAUCCGCACACGUAAGCGGAAGAAGAUGUACGAGAUUCACAUGGCCAAAACUGAAGCUUUAGCUAAUGCUGCUGCUGCCGCUGCUGCCACUGCUGCUGCCUCUGCACCAUCUCCCUCCGUUCUUGGCUUGGCAGUUAAGCAAGAAGUUUCUCCCAGUGCGGCAGGUGGCUCCAGCCCUGAGGGAGAUGGCCCAAUCGACCUGAGCAAGAGGCCCCGUCUGAAAGAUGUUCCACGGCACAGCAGUAGCAGUAGUCUCCCUGUCCUGCCUCUUACAGACUAUCACAAGUGCACCGCCUGCAGUAUCAGCUUCAACAGCAUUGAGAACUACCUGGCUCAUAAAACAUACUAUUGCCCUGCCACCACACUCCAGCCCCACACCUUGGAGCAGCUUCACAGGCUCAAGAGAUCAGCCUCUACCUCUCCCAAAAGCAGGCCUCAGCAGGAGCGCCCAGAUCUUUUGCACCCAAUGGAGGCUAAAGCUCUCCCCGCUGAAUGGAUUGCCCAGGCUCAAGGUACAUCAUCCAGUCCUCAUCCCUCUAGCUUACCUGGCACUGAUCCGACAUCCCCUCCUCAUACAACCACCACACUUGCAGCCAGCCCAGGAGCUGGAGCCAAAGGCACAGGUACCAGUCCCCGACAGGUGGUCUGCCCAUACUGUCCUAACAGGCCUAUUGCCUGUGACCUGAUGGAGCAUUUCAAGACUACCCACAGCCUUGUUGUAACCAUUCAGCCCCUCCAGGAGGCCCUACCCCAGCCAGGCAGUGCAGUCAGCCACAGCCCCAGCCUUAGUCCCAGUGAUGGCACUGCUGCAACCACAUCCACAUCCCCAAACAGCCAGCCCAGACUGGUAUCCCAACUUCCCAGAGAAAGCAUCAAUGGGCAGACCAGGAGCGGAACAACUUCUCCCGUUUCCCCACUAGUAAAUGGCAGCCCUUCAUCUAGGGGUGGAUCACCUUCAGCUGGCUCACCUCUGCCUGUGUCCCCCGCAACGGGUCCCUCUCUGACUUUUUCACCUUUGCCUGAGGUCGUAGGGGAGAUGGUGGGAUCAUCCCAGCUUCCAGACAAGGUUGCCGCUACUGUGGCUUCCAAUCCCAUCCCCACACCCCAACCUGGCCCAAUCCCUGGCCCUAAAACCAAAGUGAUUUCCCCUGUCCAGAACGGUAACUCCCGCUUCUGUCGGCUGUGUAACAUCAAGUUCAGCAGCCUCUCCACUUUCAUAGCUCAUAAGAAAUACUACUGCUCCUCCCACAGUGCCGAACAUGUCAAGUGAGCUGAGUAAUUCUCUUCUUCCUCUCCCUCUUUCCUUUCCUUUAUCUUUCUGAGUGGAGGCUUACCUUCAAUAAGUUCCAAGAAGCUCCAUUGUCCCUUUGUGCCAGUCCUCCCACAUGGGUGCCAAAAUGGCGCUCAGCUGGCAUGACUAUAAAUGACAGUAAAUGACUGUUACUCACCUGGCACGGCCUGAUGCCCAGCUGCUCCAGAGCAGAAUUUGCAGGUGGUGUUACUAACAUACAGUAACUAAUAUUCCUCCUUAUAUGGGUCAAAGUUUGCAUUACACUAAAAGCUGAGAUGGAUGAUACGUGCCCACAAUGGUGUGCAGUCGUCCCUAGAUCACUCUGUCUUCAUAACCAAUUCAACAUCUACCACUCCCAGGCGUCACAGUAUGUUGCAUUAUGGGGUGUUAAAAUAUGUAUGUCAGCAACCUCUUUUCUGUCUCUAUGUUGAACUGAGUUUAUAAUGGUAGUAAUUAGAUUCUGACUGUUGGAGGCAUUUCUGACUGAUGAUCAUACAGUAAUGAUGAUGCUCAUUAUAAUGAAUCUCUGGUCUUUUCCUAAGCUCUUGAUGUUCCUGACCUAAACGGAGGCAUAAUUUCUCUUGUAUGGAAAAGACUUGAUCAUUGUUAAUUUUUUUAUUAUCUGUGCAUAGUGUAUGAUGUCUGAAAAAAAUAAUUCUAUAAUGCUUUUGGUUUCAACACUGGCUCUUUUUUGCUUACUAGAGAAGCUAAAGUGUUUUUAGCUGAAAAACAGAUGUGUUAUCACAAUGUUACUAAUUACUGAAGGAUAAUAUUUCAAAAUGGACAGUUUUUCCUUUCUUUCAUAAACACAAAUUUUUAUUUUCUCUUUAAAACACAAGGGAGACAAAAAUGUGAAAUAUUUAUCUUCUAGUCCUCACUGAUUUCAUGUCAACAAAAAACUACCUACCUAGUGUCUGAAAGUAUUUGUAUUUUUUAUUUGUAUAUUUUUCAUACUGUUGGAAGGAACUGUUUGGAUCUGGCUCUGUUGAAGUGUAUUUUCUAAAUGUAGAUAUGUAAUAUCUUUUCACAGUAAUCACUCUGAUCACACUGAACUUAUCACUGUUAUCACAUUAACAUAUUGUGUUCUGUUUAUGUAGUCUUUAAUUGAUGGUAAGGUCUGAAAACCAGUGACAUGUUUAUUUUUUAUCUCCUCUUGUACCUUGCUGAUUAGCAAUAUGAUUAGAACAACUUCCUCACUUACAGCUUUUCACAUCAGAAAGUUUGAAGAGAGCGCUUCUGAUACUGUUGCAUUUAUACUUUGGGGAGAAUGGUGUAGCUUCCCAGAUUUUGGGGUACACAAAAUACAAAUUUUCAAUCAAAAGUGUAUCUUUAGUUACCAACCUCCAUACCAUGCAAAGUAUGACCUUUAAGGCCACACAGCUUUACAUCCUUUGCUGCAAACUGCUAUUUCAGAUGUAUACUAAGUGAUACAAAAAACACAUCAAUGCUUUGGUAUCUUAGACACAUCUUAAAAGAUGUUAUUUUUAAUGAUUGUAUUUCUGUCCGGCAGUGAAGGCAUAGCAGGGAAUAAUCACAUCUUAGAAUAACACCUCACGCAGUAGAGUAAGCACAUAUGUAAUAACCACUUAUCGUGGCCCAUGGUGUGUGUGAUAGAGAGGCUUUUCCUCUUUCACUUUGUUGCUCUCUCACUCAUGCACACAUACUCAAACACACAGUUUACGCCACAUUUUCCCAUGCUGCUUUUGGAGUUGCAAUACAGUGUUAGCUAGAACUGUGAAAUAAUUAUUUUCCAAUAUUGAUGCAAAUCUACCAAUGUAAAGCUCAUCUUAAGUAAUUUUAACUGAAGGUGCGAAUAGCCAAUAUUGCAUCCAGAUGCUGAAUUUAUUACAAAUUUGGUAAUUUUCCUCCCUCAAAUUCUCAAAAAUAAACAUUUCCCUGAGGAUUUUACCCUUGUCAGUGUACAGGAUCAUCUAUAACAGCCUUGCACCUUAAUUAUACACUAAAACUCCAAACUUAUAAAAAAGAAUUAGCUUUGAUAGCAGCUGAGAAAGUUUAAUUGCAAGUUCUGAGGCCCAUCCUCUCAUUCUGAAGGGUUUUUUCUUGUCAGCAUUGGAGGACAUGGACCACCUGCUACAGUAUUAGGCAUUUUUGAUAAAAUGCUUAUAUCAGUCUAACUGUAAACCUACAAACACAGGACAGAUGCCGACCUCUGUUAAUUCAGUUAUAGCAUUGAAAGACCCACACAUACCCUAAUCAGAGUUUUCACAUCUCUUGUCAGCAGUGGAUGGGAGGAAUAUUGUCAUAAUGUCACCUGUAAAAGCUGCAUCAAUUGAUGUAUUUUUUGGCCACUAAGGGGCAGAACAAGCUGUAAACAAAACAUUGACAUAUUAUCACCGUAUUAAGUUGUUAUGGCAAAUGGAGCUAAAAUCAUUUCUUAUUUACACAGCAAGAUUAGCAUUCAUUUGAUUCCAGUUGUAUUUUUGUAAACUCAAAAGAUGCAAGAAGAAUAUUCACCUUUUUAGUUCUGUUUUGUUGUUCACCGACUUCAUAAAAAAAACAUUUGCCUCUUUACUAGCUAAAUUGUCCUUUUGCUAUGUUCACCUGUUGGCAGCUAACUUUGCCUAUUUGUUGUUUGGUGAAGGGAAUGUAGCUUACAGUGUAUUAUCUUUUUGCCCACUGUUGCUAGUAAGAUGGGUCAUGAGACACAUGAGAUUGAACCAAAACAGUAAAAAUGCAGUCCAUAAAACCAAAAUAUCAAUUAGUGCAGUUUUAAAGAAAUCAGAUUUUUAGCUAGAUCAAAAAAAAAAAAAAAAAGAUUCAGUUAGGGGGAAAUUGUAAUUUCAUUUAGUUUACUGCUACUUCGCCUAACAAACCUAAGAAUAUGGACAGUAGCAUCAACCUCUGCAGAUAUUCUAAGAUGGAAAAUUAUGUCAAAUGUUAAAACAUAUUUUUUACAAGUGCACAAGUGAUCACAUUAUUUAUUUUAUCAAAGGCAUUUGCUGUACCGUUUUGACACCACCUGUCCCCGUUUGCAUGUUAUGAGUAACUCCCCAAACCUUCUUAGGUGAACUCGUCAUCAAUCGAUUAAUGUUAGCCCCAUAUCUCUUUUCCCAAAACUGAAAACUAAAUGUAAAAGCGGAGGAUUUCUUAACAUAAAUUCAAAAUUCCUUGUUGGUUUCUGCUCUGCUAUAGUUUGGAGCAGCAUUUUACCAGGCACAUCUUCCUACUAAGUGUUUACAAUUGUGUUGGUCUAUUUCUCUCAGUUCUUAAAAGCAGAGAGAAGAACCAGGAGAAAGACAGAGUCAUGUCUACUAGUCACAAGUUGAGCAACUGAGUGCUGUAAUAUCAUCCUUUGAAUUUACCCCUUUUUUGUUGCACUGUGUUGUAUAAAAAUGUGCUGAAUCUAGUUUUUAGUUUUUUUUGUAAUGUAUUUAUGUUAUACAGCACUUUUCCCCAUCCAGAAUGCAUCAUUGUUCUACCUUGAAGAACUUUGUUGUACCUUGAAGAACCUUCUGAAUUUUAUCCCUCGCUAAAACUUUUUCAAACAUGUUUUGUUAAUGAUUUCUCAGAUGUGCGAGUGUCAAAACUUUUAUUUCCAUAAUUUUGAUUUCAUUUUAGUUCCACUACACUCUUGUCCAAACUAUGCAUGGGAAAUAAAAAAGUUCUGAGAGACAUUGAGGAAGAGUGUGACUGCACUUCUUUCUAGUAGCUUCAGUCUUUUUCAUGUGAACACCUACACACAACUGUACCAUGUACCUGAGUGAGAGCCCUUGACUUUUGGAAGUGCUUGAUUCACCUUUGCAUAUGUGUAAUCACUUGUAAAUCACUUCCUUUCACAACAAAGUUUCCACUAUUGGACUAUUUCUGUUUGAUACUGGCUCAUGAGGAAAGGCUGAUUGAAUCAUCAGCUUUCUUUUUAAAAUAUGAAUAAAAUGUGCCUGAGUAAUAGUACCUCUGAGAAAAAAAAAGGUUUCUGAGCCCAUUCAGAGCUGCAAGACUGCGCCAAUCAAUGACAAAAUGCACUGACAAAAACACUGGUACAUUUAGCUUGCACACGGACAAAAUGAAGUGACUUUUUCAUUCUGUGUUAAACUUUUCUAUUAGGGUAUGUAUAUUAACUUCUCCCUGUUGUAUUCAGUUAUUAUACUUGUGUUCUGGGACCAGUUUCGGCUCACAAAAUGUUACAAGUGUGGCAAAAUAACUAUAAACAAGCCAGACUAUACCUGGGAAUGUUGGCAUUUUCUCAUUCCAUUUUACAUAACUGAUUGCUUCCUGGAAUGCUUUACCCUUACUGCACUAAUGGACACUGCUUAAUGGCACAAAUACAUUAUUUUAGUUUAAAAAAAACUUCAAAUGAAUAUGAACUGUUGAAACUCUGCCAGUUACAUUUUUGAAAACGAGUGUAACUAACUGCUAUACAGUAAUAUAACAAUGAACUAGUUACAGUAGCCACCCAAAGUUGGCUACUGUAACUCAAUUGUCCCUUUUACAAACAGUAAUUUGUUGAAUAGAAUGCAUUGUUUACUUGAUUAUUUAUUGUCUACAGACUGUACAAAGUGAAAUGAUAAAAACAUAAUGUAAAUGUGCAGGGAUUAGCUAGCCGUGAAAACAGAAAUGGCUUUAGUUUUCAAUAGGACUAAAAGUAUACAGCAAUGGUUGGGGCUCGAUUAGUAAUUAGUGCUAAUAUAU